AUGUCAGUGUCAUCAAACCCAUAUGCUCCAAAUGCUUCUGAUCUAGUUUCUAACGUUAGAGAUUUCAAAAUUAUUGAAUCUACAUUACGUGAAGGUGAACAAUUUGCCAAUGCAUUUUUUGACACAGAAAAAAAGAUUGAAAUCGCAAAGGCACUUGAUGAAUUUGGUGCUGACUACAUUGAAUUGACUUCGCCAGUCGCAUCUGAACAAUCUAGAAAAGAUUGUGAAGCAAUUUGUAAAUUAGGUUUAAAAUCUAAAAUUUUAACCCACAUUCGUUGUCACAUGGAUGAUGCUAAAGUUGCGGUAGAAACUGGUGUCGAUGGUGUCGAUGUGGUUAUCGGUACUUCAAAAUUCUUAAGACAAUAUUCUCAUGGUAAAGAUAUGAACUAUAUCGCUAAAACAGCAGUAGACGUUAUUGAAUUCGUUAAAUCCAAAGGUCUAGAAAUUAGAUUUUCAUCCGAGGAUUCUUUUAGAUCAGAUAUUGUUGAUUUGCUGAAUAUCUACAAAACUGUGGAUCAAAUUGGUGUCAACAGAGUUGGUAUUGCAGAUACUGUUGGUUGUGCGAACCCAAGACAAGUUUACGAAUUGGUUAGAUCCUUGAAAAAUGUGGUUUCAUGUGAUAUUGAAUGUCAUUUCCACGAUGAUACCGGUUGUGCAAUUGGUAACGCAUACUCAGCUUUAGAAGCAGGUGCUAGACUAAUUGAUACAUGUGUUCUUGGUAUUGGUGAAAGAAAUGGUAUUGUGCCACUUGGUGGUUUCAUGGCUCGUAUGAUUGUAUCCGCACCAGAUUAUGUCAAGUCAAAAUACAAUUUGAAGAAACUACGUGAUAUUGAAAAUUUAGUCGCUGAAGCAGUCGAAGUCAAUCUACCUUUCAACAACCCUGUCACAGGUUUCUGUGCAUUUACCCACAAGGCAGGUAUUCAUGCAAAGGCCAUUUUGGCAAACCCAUCGACUUAUGAAAUCUUAAACCCUGAAGAUUUCGGUAUUUCGAGAUACAUUCAUUUUGCUAGUAAAUUGACCGGUUGGAAUGCAAUUAAAUCAAGAGUGGAACAACUGAAUUUACCUCUAAACGAUGACCAAAUUAAAGAACUUACACUCAAGAUUAAACAAAUGGGUGACAUUAGGCCACUAGGUAUUGAUGAUGUGGACUCCGUCAUUAAACAAUUCCAUGCAGAAUUGUAA